AUGUAUUGCCACAGAUUGUCACAACCAAUCUCUAUGGGCCCCGCUCUCCCGAUCCAGCCGUCGAGUGAAGACUGUACCGUGGGCCCGUUCGCGUUCGCCAUCAGCGCCCCGCCAAGUCCGCAUUACCGACAGCGGCGGCGGCACGGGGGUUGUCAUCUAGUGUCUGUCAUGGCCCACAAAGCGCUGGACGACGAGGCCGUUACCGAGGCGUUGGCGUUCGGCCGGGCGAGUCCGGGAUGUACCCUGACAAGAAUUGCCAUCAAGGAUGGCUACGGAACCGCCAUUUCCCAUAAAGGUUUGAGGGAGAGACUCCUUACCAUCUCGGCGGCCAUCGCGCCGUUCUUGCUGCGGUCCUGUUCAACGAGGCCUACCGCAGCAGUGUAUCAAGAACCGGCGGCCAUCUGGGUCUGCUCCGUGACCGCCAUCAUGCGCAUGGGCGCCGUGGACGACGCGUCGCCCGGCUCUAUCCACCACACAAGCGACUCGACCGUCAUUCUGAUCGACGGCAACCUCGCCACCGAGGUCGAGCAGUCGGCACACAUCUACUGCCUCGGCCCGCAGGAUGUCGUCCUCCAGCAGAGCGCCUUCAGCUUCGAAGAGGGUGGCCUCGGUCAGCCCACCGGCUCCCCAAUAACUUUGUCUACAUCGUCGACAGGAGGCAGACCGGGACCGGGACUGCGACCGGGGACGGUCCGGAGCCGGCUCCCGUAGAGGUCUUGGGGGUCAUUUUUGUUGCGGGCGCCGGCGUGGCGCGGGGUUACCUCGACCAGGGCGGCCUCACCAACGCCGCCUUCAUCCCCAGAACCACCUUCUCCGAACUAUGC